GAUGAUCCACACCGGGGAACGGCCCUAUGUGUGUGGGGAAUGUGGGAAGAGCUUCAGCACAAGCUCCAACCUGAUCCGCCACCGCCAGGUCCACACAGGGGAGAGGCUCUAUGUGUGUGGGGAAUGUGGGAAGAGCUUCAGUACGAGCGCCUACCUGAUUCGCCACCACAUGAUCCACACUAGGAAACGGCCCUAUGAGUGUGGGGAGUGUGGAAAGAGGUUUCAGACCAGCUUCAGUCUCCUCCUGCACCAGCGGAUUCACACAGAUGAGAGGCCCUUCCGCUGCCCCGACUGCGGGAAGGGCUUCAGGUACAACUCCGACCUCACCAGGCACAAACGCAUCCACACUGGGGAGAGGCCCUGCGAGGAGAAACGCUUCAAGUGCUUGGAAUGUGGGAAGAGCUUCAGCCGGAGCACCAACCUGAUCCACCACCGGAUGAUCCACACCGGGGAACGGCCCUAUGUGUGUGGGGAAUGUGGGAAGAGCUUCAGCCGCCGCUCCAACCUGAUUUGCCACCAGAUGAUCCACACAGGGGAACGGCCCUACGAGUGUGGGGAGUGUGGGAAGAGGUUUCAGACCAGCUCCAGUCUCCUCCAGCACCAGCGGAUUCACACAGAUGAGAGGCCCUUCCGCUGCCCCGACUGCGGGAAGUGCUUCAGGUACAACUUUGACCUCACCAGGCACAAACGCAUCCACACUGGGGAGAGGCCCUAUGAGUGUCCCGAGUGCGGGAAGAGCUUCUCCUGGAGCUCUCACUUGACCACACACCAACAGUGCCACCAGUAAGGGAAGCCCUGCAAGUGCCCUGAGUGCGGUCACAACUUUAACCAGAGCUCAAACCUGGUGGUCCACGAGCAGUGUCAUGCUAGGGAGAAACGCUUCAAGUGCUUGGAAUGUGGGAAGAGCUUCAGCAAGAGCACCACCCUGAUCCACCACCGGUUGAUCCACACUGGGGAACGGCCCUAUGUGUGUGGGGAAUGUGGGAAGAGCUUCAGCACAAGCUCCAACCUGAUCCGCCACCACCAGGUCCACACAGGGGAACGGCCCAAUGUGUGUGGGGAAUGUGGGAAGAGCUUCAGCCAGAGCACCACCCUGAUCCGCCACCGCCAGGUCCACACAGGGGAACGGCCCUAUGUGUGUGGGGAAUGUGGGAAGAGCUUCAGCUGCCGCUCCCACCUGAUUUGCCACCAGAUGAUCCACACAGGGGAACGGCCCUACGAGUGUGGGGAGUGUGGGAAGAGGUUUCAGACCAGCUCCAGUCUCCUCCAGCACCAGCGGAUUCACACAGAUGAGAGGCCCUUCUGCUGCCCCGACUGCGGGAAGGGCUUCAGGUACAACUUUGACCUCACCAGGCACAAACGCAUCCACACCGGGGAGAGGCCCUACGAGUGUCCUGAGUGUGGGAAGAGCUUCUCCAGGAGCUCUCACUUGACCACACACCAACAGUGCCACCAGGAGAAACGCUACAAGUGCUUGGAAUGUGGGAAGAGCUUCAGCCAGAGCACCAACCUGAUCCACCACCGGUUGAUCCACACUGGGGAACGGCCCUAUGUGUGUGGGGAAUGUGGGAAGAGCUUCAGCCACCGCUCCCACCUGAUUCGCCACCAGAUGAUCCACACAGGGGAACGGCCCUACGAGUGUGGGGAGUGUGGGAAGAGGUUUCAGACCAGCUCCAGUCUCCUCCAGCACCAGCAGAUUCACACAGAUGAGAGGCCCUUCUGCUGCCCCGACUGCGGGAUGGGCUUCAGGUACAACUUUAACCUCACCAGGCACAAACGCAUCCACACCGGGGAGAGGCCCUACGAGUGUCCCGAGUGCGGGAAGAGCUUUCAGACCAGCUCCAAUCUCCUCCUGCACCAGCGGAUUCAUACAGAUGAGAGGCCCUUCCGCUGCCCCGACUGCGGGAAGGGCUUCAGGUACAACUUUGACCUCACCAGGCACAAACGCAUCCACACCGGGGAGAGGCCCUACGAGUGUCCCGAGUGUGGGAAGAGCUUCUCCAGGAGCUCUCACUUGACCACACACCAACAGUGCCACCAGUAAGGGAAGCCCUGCGAGUGCCCUGAGUGCAGGAAGAGCUCCAACUUCAUCUCGCAGCAGAGGAUCCAUGUGGGGGAGAAACGCUACAAGUGCUUGGAAUGUGGGAAGAGCUUCAGCCAGAGCACCAACCUGAUCCACCACCGGUUGAUCCACACUGGGGAACGGCCCUAUGUGUGUGGGGAAUGUGGGAAGAGCUUCAGCCACCGCUCCCACCUGAUUCGCCACCAGAUGAUCCACACAGGGGAACGGCCCUACGAGUGUGGGGAGUGUGGGAAGAGGUUUCAGACCAGCUCCAGUCUCCUCCAGCACCAGCAGAUUCACACAGAUGAGAGGCCCUUCUGCUGCCCCGACUGCGGGAUGGGCUUCAGGUACAACUUUAACCUCACCAGGCACAAACGCAUCCACACCGGGGAGAGGCCCUACGAGUGUCCCGAGUGCGGGAAGAGCUUUCAGACCAGCUCCAAUCUCCUCCUGCACCAGCGGAUUCAUACAGAUGAGAGGCCCUUCCGCUGCCCCGACUGCGGGAAGGGCUUCAGGUACAACUUUGACCUCACCAGGCACAAACGCAUCCACACCGGGGAGAGGCCCUACGAGUGUCCCGAGUGUGGGAAGAGCUUCUCCAGGAGCUCUCACUUGACCACACACCAACAGAUCCAUGUGGGGGAGAAACGCUUCAAGUGCUUGGAAUGUGGGAAGAGCUUCAGUAACUGCUCCCACCUGAUUCCCCACCAGAUGAUCCACACAGAUGAGAGGCCCUUCGGCUGCCUCGACUGUGGGAAGGGCUUCAGGUACAACUCCGACCUCACCAGGCACAAAUGCAUCCACACCGGGGAGAGGCCCUACGAGUGUCCCGAGUGCGAGAAGAGCUUCUCCAGGAGCUCUCACUUGACCACACACCAACAGUGCCACCAGUAAGGGAAGCCCUGCGAGUGCCCUGAGUGCAGGAAGAGCUCCAACUUCAUCUCGCAG